AUGUCCAAUUCAAGAAGAAAAGCCUAUGAAGAAUUGGAUCACGACCAAGAAGAAACUCCACAGCAUGACCCUCACGAACCAGGUCGAUUAGAUCAUGCUCAUCAUGAUCGUUCUCCAGCAAAUUUAGAGGCAUCCUCUUCAAAAUCUCUAAUUACCAAACGAUAUAUCGGAUGUCUUGUAUUCGGAUUCGCUUGUUUGAUGAUUGCCAUCAUGAUCGUGGUGGUACUGAUAUUUUCCAUACAAGCCUCGUUCAAGGAUUCCUAUGAUUCAAAAUAUGCGAGUUCGUUGAUGUCUAUUUCUUCUGCUGCUUCUGAUCCGAGUGGAGCUACAAACUUGAUGGUUGAAAUAUUCUCGGUCGGAACAAGAAGAAGAAUGUUAUUGAAUUAUUUAUCGAAUAGUGAUAAAAAAAAAUCAGCACUUGGAAAACCACUGAAAGGUCAAAUGCAUUUGGAAAAGGAUGUAUUGGGAAAUACAAAACCUACCUUGUUAUUUAUUAAUCCAUUCCCAGAGAGUUGUUUGGGAGCUUUUGUUCCAGCUAUUAAUGAAUUAAUGGCUGAUUUUAAAAUUAAUUGUGUCAAUUUGAGAGGUUUUGGAAAUACCCGUCAGGCUACGAAUACAAAUGGUGGUCAUGGUGUUUCUAAUCAGACCACGUUAUUCACAAAUAUGGUAAAAGAGUUGGUAACCAUUGUGGAAAAACAACAACCUGAAGAGUCCAUCAUUUUGAUUGGUCAAGAAUUUUCAGGAACACUUAUUUAUUUAAUGUUACAAGAAAAGGGAAAGGAAUGGAUUGAUGAUCAUUUGGAAGGAGUUGUUUUAUUGAAUAGCCCACAUCCUAAAAUAUUUACAGAUCUAUUGAAAUACAACUCCAAACAACAACAAUUAUUUAAACCUCUGUUAACCUCUACAGCUUUGAAUCAGUGGGCUUCUAUAUACUAUGGAAAGAAUGAAACUGAACUUGCUAAUUUUGCAAAGAGUGAAUGGAGUGAAUCUGGACAUUUUACGAUCAUCAAACAAUAUUUGUCGAGCAAUUUUAAGGGAUCAGUCGGAGAAAAUAUUACCUUUUCCUUCCCAACGAACAUGAAGGUAGAUUUCGAAGAUUUGUUAAAAGAAGAGAAAAUUCUUGUCAUUUCUUCAAGCGAUCAUCCUUACUAUGUGUAUCCUGAGAGCAUGCUGUCUCUCGAUGGUGUCUUGACCAAGGAGGUGAAGGGCGGAAUUUGGUAUGCAAGGAACAAUCCAUUGGGUUUUGCAGAAAUUAUCAGAAACUUUGUUUUUAGAAUUAUUUCUGAUGACAAGUCAGACGAUCAAGAUGAUUAA